GUGGCGCCCGCGCUGGUGUGAGGGAGACAGACGGAGCUCGAGCCCGCGCCCGCGCCCACUCCUCGCCCCUCACUCCUGGAGCCCCCACUCCCGGUCGGUCGGCCGGCCGUAGCCAUGAGCACCAUGUGCGCCGACACCAUCCUCAUCGUCUUCAUCUCCGUCUGCACCGCGCUCCUGGCCGAAGGUAUCACAUGGGUACUGGUGUACAGAACUGAUAAAUAUAAACGUCUAAAGGCCGAGGUGGAAAAACAGAGCAAGAAGUUAGAAAAGAAGAAAGAAUCCAUUACGGAAUCUGCAGGGAGGCAACAAAAGAAGAAGAUAGAGCGACAAGAAGAAAAAUUGAAAAAUAAUAAUCGGGAUCUUUCAAUGGUGCGAAUGAAGUCAAUGUUUGCUAUUGGAUUCUGUUUCACGGCUUUGAUGGGCAUGUUUAAUUCCAUAUUUGAUGGCCGAGUGGUUGCAAAGCUCCCGUUUGUUCCCUUGUCAUACAUCCAAGGACUGUCCCAUCGCAACCUCCUUGGAGAAGAUUACACCGACUGCUCUUUCAUUUUCUUGUACAUUUUAUGUACAAUGUCAAUCCGACAGAAUAUUCAGAAACUGCUGGGUCUGGCUCCUUCCCGUGCUGCUACCAAACAGGCUGGAGGAUUCCUGGGACCCCCACCUCAAACAAGCAAAUUCUCAUGAUGGAAUUGUAAGAUGGUAUUGAAUAUCAACUAUUGGUAUAGAUAGACACAAAGAGCUGAAGUAACUCAACAGGGUCAGGCAGCAUCUCUGGUCCUAACCCAAAAUGUGACUCAUCCCUUUGUGUCUAUCUUUGGUACAAACCAGCAUCUGCAGUUCUUUGUUUCUACAACUAUAGUUCCGAUUUUUGUUUAUAGCUAAAAAUGCGAUUUUAACUUUUUUUCCCAGUAAUAAGUGAAAUAUCUCUUGGAUGCUAAGAUAUUGAAAUGCUGCUGUGAAAAACUUUAAGUUUUAUGACGGAUUGGAAACAUUGGAAGGUCACAUGCACAGUUUGUUAUCUGAAAGUUGUUUGUUUGCAUUGUGAGGCAGAUUAUGUUUAAGGUAGAAAAAAAAUUCUAAGGCAUAAGGAUUCAGUAAAAUGCACAACUUCAAUAAAACCGUGUCUUUUAUCUGAAACAAUACAUUGAUGUAUGGAGCUGUGCAAUAGAAGAUUUUUUUUUCAGGAAUUAAUAAAAGUAUUGAUGUUAAAA